AUGCGUACCGGAUGGUAUUCGAUACCUACAGGCACAGCCCAACUGCCCGCCCUUCCGCCCUUCUGCCCUGUCGCCGGCCCAGAACAUGCGAGAUUUGGCAGGAUCCAGAUGUUUCGCUCCGCUGAUGACGCUGAUGAUCCACUUCGACAGUCCCACCGGCUAAGCGGAAAACCUUCUUGGGGACUACUAACUGGUGAAACUUCUUCCACAGACCAGAUCCCUGCAGUUGGGGAGCUCGUAGUUGGUCUCUUGGGCUGCCUGGUCGUUGGACCGUGGCACGAGGAAGCGAGCGUGCAACUGCAGCAGCCGCCGGCCAACUUCUCUUGCGAGUCCUGGCCAAAAUCCCAAUCCUACAGGUGGCAUCUCCGUUCCUCGCCAAUCAUAUACUUUUCAUGCGGGAAAUCCGAAACGCUGGGUGCUGAUUUUCAUUUCUCCGCCAGUGUGCUGUGGGUGAACACAAGCGGUGCAUGUCUCCCGCAACAACCAUCACCCAAUAAUCCCCCUGCCAAAGCACAGUGGACCCUGCAUGUGAACUAUGUAUCUUCAAAUCGCAUCGGCUGA